AUGGAGAAGAUAUUCUCAUGGUCAUCAUGUAGUGGCUGGCUCUGUCUCGCUUGUCCGGUCCAAGACGCAGUGCAGAUCAACUUCUUUACACAUAAGGGUUCACGUUCUGAAAAUGUGGUGGUGCAGAGGAAAAGUGAUGUUUCCACGAUUGCCUGGCAUCCAACGGAAGUGAUUGUCUGCGUCGCUUGGAGUGAUGGGUUGCUGAACAUUCUUUCACCGGAAAGCAGCGAGUAUGCAGCAACUGAAAAUGUGGGCAGCAAAGUGCUGUUUCUGAGUUGGAGUGCUGAUGGAAAGUCUCUGUGUGCUGCAAAAGAGGAUGGAAAGUGUUAUUUAUACGCUUCCAAUGGUAAAAAUUCACUGAUAAAGAGCGCUGAAUGCCAGAUUAAUGACAGGCCCACGGCGAUGUGCGACCGCGUCAGUGUGUUAUUGAAUCGUGGUAACCCGAGAGGACCGCUUCGGGUUCGUCAGAGCAGAAACAAGUACCGGCAGGAUUCUUGA